AGGCAGAAAAAUGGCGUCCAAAUCUGCACUCCCGUUUCUUAUCCUCUCGCACCUCCUCCUCCUCCUCCUACUCUCCACCGCCGCCGUGCCGGAGCCUCUAGAUGGCGGGGAGUGCGGUUACUUGAUCUAUGUCCAAACAGGGACGGUGAAGAAGGCCGGCACUCACUCAACCAUCGGCCUGGAGGUGAAGACGGCGUCUGGGGAGGGGAUUUGGGUGCCUAAUUUGGAGGAAUGGGGUGGAAUUAUGGGUCCAGAUUAUAACUUCUUUGAGACCGGGAGAUUGGAUACCUUCACUGGCAGAGGGCCUUGCCUCACCUCCCCUAUUUGCUCUCUCAAUUUGACCUCCAAUGGCUCCGGUCCUUACCACGCUUGGUACUGUGACUACGUCGAGGUCACGGCCUCUGCCCCAGGCCAUCCUUGCCACAAGCAGCGCUUCUCAGUGAACCAGUGGCUUGCCACUGACCAGGAGCCCUACAGCCUCACCGCUGUUGUGGACUAUUGUGGGGCUCGGCCAUCCCCCAGUGUGUAUGACUUGGUUUUCUAAAUCUCUACUCUUCUCAUUAGAGUACACAAAUAAAUAAAUAUCGACGUCCGCGGGUUGAUUAACAUGUA